UGCCGCCCGAUGAAUGGAGUCGCCUUCUGCCUGGUCGGGAUCCCGCCCCGCCCGGAGCCCCGGCCCCCUCAGCUGCCCCUGGGCCCGAGAGAUGGGUGCUCCCCUGGGCGCCCCCUCCCCUGGCAGGGGCCGCGGACCCUGCUGCUGCACAAAAGUCUCCAGGACGGCUUUGGCUUCACCCUGCGCCACUUCAUCGUGUACCCGCCCGAGUCCGCCGUGCACUGCAGCCUGAAGGAGGAAGAGAAUGGAGGCCGAGGAGGAGGAGGACCCUCCCCCCGGCACCACCGCCUGGAGCCCAUGGAUACCAUCUUUGUCAAGAAUGUGAAGGAUGACGGCCCCGCCCAUAGAGCGGGCCUGCGCACUGGAGACCGGCUGGUGAAGGUGAAUGGGGAGAGCGUCAUUGGGAAGACCUACUCCCAGGUCAUAGCUCUGAUCCAGAAUAGCGAUGAUACUCUGGAGCUCUCCAUCAUGCCCAAGGACGAAGACAUCCUCCAGCUGGCCUACUCCCAGGAUGCCUACCUGAAGGGGAACGAGCCGUAUUCUGGAGAGGCCCGGAGCAUCCCAGAGCCACCCCCAAUCUGCUACCCUCGCAAGACUUAUGCCCCGCCAGCCCGGGUCUCCACCUGGGCCACUAUGGUGCCUGAGCCCUUCUCAGCACUGCCCAGUGACCCCCGGAGUCCUGCCGCCUGGAGUGACCCGGGGCCCCGCGUCCCUUCUGCCGCCCGCACCCAUCCGGACAACUCUUCCUUGGGGAUGAGCCAGCCCCGCUCCAGCCCUGGUGCCUUCCCCCGCCUCCCCUCGGAGCCCCGGACGCCCCGUGCCUUCCCUGAGCCUGGCGGCCGGGUGCCCCCCAGCAGACUGGACUGCCAGCAGGCCUUGUCACACUGGCUGUCAAACCAGGUACCCCGCAGGGCGGGGGAGAGACGGUGCCCUGCCAUGCCCCCCCGGGCCCGCAGUGCCUCCCAGGACCGGUUGGAGGAUGUGACUGCCCACCGCCCAUGGCCCUGUUCCACCUCCCAGGGUGCCUUGAGCCAGUUGGGUCAGGAAGGCUGGCACCGAGCUCGCUCAGACGACUACUUGAGCCGGACCACCCGCUCCGCCGAGGCACUGGGGCCAGGAGCACUGGUGUCACCCCGUUUUGAGCGCUGCGGCUGGGCUUCCCAGCGUCCGUCUGCCCGCACCUCUGCCUGCUCCCCCAGGGACCUCCCUGCGCCCCAGGCCCCACCCCCACCUGGUCUCCAAGGCCUGGACGACAUCGGGUACAUUGGAUACCGGAGCUACAGUCCAUCAUUCCAGCGCCGGACUGGCCUCCUGCACGCACUCUCCUUCCGGGACACACCCUUUGGGGGGCUGCCCACCUUCAACCUGGCUCAGUCCCCGGCAUCGUUCCCACCGGAGGCCUCCGAACCGCCCAGGGUUGUCCGCCCAGAACCCAGCACCCGGGCUCUGGAGCCUCCCACUGAGGAUCGUCGCGACGAGGUGGUCCUGAGGCAGAAGCCUCCCACAGGCCGCAAGGUCCAGCUGCCCCCUGCAAGACAGAUGAACCUUGGGUUUGGGGAAGAGUCCCCAGAGCCAGAGACCAGUGGGCGAGUAGAACGCCUGGGCAGGAAGGUGGCCCCUUUGGCCACUACUGAAGACUCUCUGGCUUCCAUCCCCUUCAUUGAUGAACCCACCAGCCCCAGCAUUGACCUCCAAGCCAAGCAUGUCCCUGCCUCUGCUGUGGUCUCCAGCGCCAUGAAUUCAGCCCCCGUCCUGGGCACCAGCCCAUCCUCCCCAACCUUCACCUUUGCCCUCGGCCGCCAUUACUCCCAGGACUGCAGCAGCAUCAAGGCUGGGCGCCGCUCCUCCUACCUGCUGGCCAUCACCACAGAGCGCUCCAAGUCCUGUGACGACGGGCUCAACACCUUCCGGGAAGAGGGCAGGGCUCUGAGGCGCCUGCCAAACCGAGUACCCAGCCUGCGGAUGCUGCGAAGCUUCUUCACUGACGGGUCCUUGGAUAGCUGGGGCACUUCCGAAGAUGCGGAGGCUCCCUCUAAGCGCCACUCGACCUCUGACCUCUCGGACGCAACCUUCAGCGAUAUCAGGAGAGAAGGCUGGUUGUGUUAUAAGCAGGUCCUCACCAAGAAGGGGAAGGCUGAGGACCGGGAUGACAUGCUGGGCUGGAUCAGAGCGAUCCGAGAGAACAGCAGGGCCGAGGGCGAGGACCCCGGCUGUGCCAACCAAGCUCUGAUCAGCAAGAAGCUUAAUGAUUAUCGCAAAGUAAGCCAUAGCUCUGGGCCCAAAGCUGAUUCCUCCCCCAAAAUCUCUCGUGGCCUGGGGGGCCUCAAGUCUGAGUUCCUCAAACAGAGUACUGCACGUGGCCUCAGGACUCAGGACCAGCCUGCAGGGAGCAAGGAUGACAGUGCUGCCCCUCCCAAAACCCCCUGGGGCAUCAACAUCAUCAAGAAGAACAAGAAGGCAGCCCCUAGGGCUUUUGGGGUCCGGCUGGAGGAGUGCCAGCCGGCCAUAGAGAACCAGCGGGUCCCCCUGAUCGUGGCCGCGUGCUGUCGCAUUGUGGAGGCACGGGGGCUGGAAUCCACGGGCAUUUACCGAGUGCCAGGCAACAAUGCAGUGGUGUCCAGCCUGCAGGAGCAGCUCAACCGUGGGCCCGGUGACAUCAACCUGCAGGAUGAGCGCUGGCAAGACCUCAAUGUGAUCAGCAGCCUGCUCAAGUCCUUCUUCCGAAAGCUGCCUGAGCCUCUUUUCACCGAUGACAAAUACAACGACUUCAUUGAGGCCAAUCGCAUCGAAGACUCAAGGGAGCGGAUGAAGACGCUCCGGAAGCUGAUCCGGGAUCUCCCAGGACACUACUAUGAAACGCUCAAAUUCCUCGUGGGCCAUCUGAAGACCAUUGCUGACCACUCGGAGAAAAACAAGAUGGAGCCCAGGAACCUGGCCCUGGUCUUCGGGCCGACGCUGGUGAGGACGUCUGAGGACAACAUGGCGGACAUGGUGACCCACAUGCCGGACCGCUAUAAGAUCGUGGAGACGCUGAUCCAGCACUCAGACUGGUUCUUCAGCGAUGAUGAGGACAAGGGAGAGAGAACUCCUGUGGAUGACAAGGAGCCUCAGUCAGUGCCCAACAUUGAGUACCUCCUGCCUAACAUUGGCAGGACAGUGCCCCCUGGUGACCCAGGUUCAGAUUCCACCACCUGCAGUUCAGCCAAGUCCAAGGGCUCGUGGGCCCCCAAGAAGGAGCCGUACGCCCGGGAGAUGCUGGCGAUCUCCUUCAUCUCGGCGGUCAACCGCAAGCGGAAGAAGCGGCGGGAGGCGCGGGGGCUGGGCAGCAGCACCGACGACGACUCGGAGCAGGAGCCCGCGGGCCCUCGGGCGCACAGCGACAACAAGGACUCGGGCCUCAGCAGCCUGGAGUCCACCAAGGCGCGGGCCCCGUCGUCCGCGGCCUCGCUGCCGCCCGGCGACCCGGGGCCCCUGCAGAGCCAGCCCCCGCGCCGCUCGGCCGCCUCCCGCCUCCACCAGUGUCUGUGA